CAUGAAAAUACAUCACAUUGAGGAUGGUAGCAUCAAGAUAAAAAUAUACAGAAAACCCACACACACAGACCAGUAUCUACUAUGGGCAUCAGAGCACCCCACAGCACACAAGCUAUCAGUGGUCCGCACCCUAUAUGACCGUACCAAGGUCAUCACUGACAACCAUGACAGAGAGGAGGAGGAGAACCACAUAAAACAGGCACUCAAAGCUUGCAACUACCCAAACUGGGCCAUAAACAAAGGCAAGAGAGAGGUCCAGAGAAAUAACAAGGAGGAGAAAAAGAAAAAAGGUUCUAGGCCUGAGAACCUAGGCAUGGUCACCCUCCCAUACGUCAGGGGGGUCACAGAACGCGUACAGCGAGCGAUGAGGAAACACCACAUCAUCACACCAGUGAAGCCACACAUCAAGCUUCGCCAAAUCCUAGUACAUCCUAAGGAUCAGAUUCCCCCUGAGAAAAAGUGUGAUGUGAUAUACGAGAUCCCUUGCCUAACAUGCAAUAAAAUGUAUAUAGGAGAGACAGGCCGGCAAUUCGGCACACGAAAAAAGGAACACCAGAAAGAAUGUGAAAAGGAAACAUCUGGAACGCUCACCCGUGCAACAAGAAUGAAAGCAACACAAGAAAAUCUGAAAUCUGCCAUUUCAGACCACUGUAAGAGGGAAAACCAUCUUAUGAACUGGGACGCAGCCAAGGUCAUCAGAACGGAAAGCAACAAAUUCCAUCGAUGGAUCAAAGAGGCGGUUGAAAUCAGGAAGCGGGCCUCAAAGACUGUGAACCGGGAUGAAGGAGCCUACCAGCUAUCCCACACCUGGGACACAGUCCUGCAGGGCCGCCCCCGGCUGUAUGAAAAACCACCAGAGCACCCCAGGGGACACGGCCAUCCCACCACAUCAGGUGGGAUGGAAAACUCCAUAUAACACAGCUCAGACGACGUCACACCAACAUCACGUGACACCUCUGAUGAAGGCUACAG